CCUUAGUGCCACGUGCUAAAAUCUCCCCUAAAUAAAGCCCAAUAACUGCAAUGAGCUGCGAAUAGCUGGACACUUGACACUUCAGUUACAUACCAGCAUACCCCUACGCCGCUGUACUAGGGGGUGGACUUGUGUAACUGGUCUCGAAAUCUAGCCUUCAUGUUUUAUUUUUUCUUUUUUUCCUUACCUCACGUAUCCUAUCAUCUAUCUGCAUCAACAACAACAACCCAAAAAAAACCCUCUCGCAUCACUUCCUCGUCACCUGUUCACCUAUCGAUUUUUUUGGUCCCUACCUUAGGCCUACCUUAGGCACUGGUAAUAAACAACAGCCUCGUCUCCAAGAAAAGAAAAAAAAGGAUUACAUCCCCAUUUCUUUUUCCUUACGAUGCUGCUACGGGAUUCACAGUUGAAACGUCCUGAAUGGCUACCAGCGUCGCCCAUCGUCAUGUAAAUUUGGAUGAUGACCCCUUGACUCUUCUCGAAAGCUUCGAAUCUAUUCCCCUCGAAUAUGACCUCCAUCAUGACGUAUUAUACGACCCCUCCACUGAGUCUAGUAGUCAAUUAUCUAUCAUGUCGGCCGAAGACAUACCCUUAGAUUUGUCCCGUACCCUAACAACCGGGUCUGAAGGUUGGACUGAUUCUGAAGACGAUAACGACGAUUCGUCUGUCACGUCUGAGACUUCGCAUGCCCGCAUCGCCCGUCGACCACAUUUCCCCCCUGUCCUACCCUCCGUAAACUCGUCCUCUAGUAUCUCCAAGAGUCUGCCGCAGAAGCUAGCAGCAACUAUUGCCGCUGCCGAGGGUUCUAGCUUAGACCGUCGCCGACAUCACCUAAGCAAAUCUCACUCACCCUCUGCUCGCUUUCGACGUGUGAAGUCACCGUCUAUACCUUCCCAGCCCCACAGAAGGUCUCUAAUCUCCGAUGCCCUUCGUACCAACGUUCCGCUAGAUUUGCAAAAUCGGCCGAUCCACCUUCAAGUACCCCCGACUCGGCAUACUCGACAGUUUUCACAUGGGAUUCACGACAAUAUCUCGGAACGGAUAGGUCUUCCUAGCGUUAGAGGCCCUCAACCCAAGCCAUACAGUUGGAAGGGGCUUGGAGUGGAAAGUGAAGAGAGCGACUAUGAGGAAGAUGAGACCAGAUUCGCCAACUCUGAAGAUGAAGACGACGAAGAGGAUAACGUGUCCGCCCGCGCGUCUCGUGGCCUCCAACGCUUAUCAGAACACUACUCGAGGCUUAGAGACCGGAGAACUAAUCUAUGGGAAGUUUUCGACAGCAUCCAUCUAAAACGAGCCCAAGUUCAAGACUUACGUCAUGUGAAGGAUGAAACUACUCUUGCCUUUAUGACCGCUGUGCAAGCUAUACUCCCGAACAAUCCAGGGCUAGAUCAGCUCUUCAAGGAUAUGCAAGAUGCCCAACUCAAGUGCCAAGAAGCGGAACAACGCUUCGACGAUAUGCUGGAUGAGCUCCAGCAUGGCGAAGUAGAGUUGGAGCUAGAAGAGCGGAGGUUCUAUACUGCCGCGGCAGGCGGAAACGGGACCGAUGACGAAUCCGACGAUGAUAGCUGUUCGGUGACCUCGGAGAUCUCAGCACUGCUAGGAAUCACCGGUGAUCGCCCAGAAGACAUACACCCCUUAUUUGAAGAGCUCCGAGAGGCUUCCCGGAACAUACAGCUAGCCAAGGAGCUUCUGGUAAAUACCCAAAUGAAAAGGAAAGCCCUGAGUGCAGGAAAAUCUCAUUUGUUAUCCCCCGAUAGUAUUGAAUUGUUGGAGAAGUACGGGGAUGCGGGGAAGAACCGAGCUCUCGAACUCAAGCGAUCGGGAGUAAUGUCGGAAGACGACAUUGAAAUACUCAUGGAUUACGACAAGCUAGAGCGGAAAGCUCGUCUUGAUAUCGAACGUUUCACUAAAGAUGUCAUAAGACUGGAAAGCGAAUGCCGCGAGAAGGGAGUAAUGCCCAAAAACACCCCUUUCCAGGAGGAAGGGUUUGGAGUCAAUCCCGUUCUUAAGGACGAUAUUCAGCUUGACGAUGUGCCGUUCGAAACCCACGCGAGAGGGCAGCCCAAGACCCUAGCACAUUCUGUAUUCCCCAAACUACUGUCAAACCCUACGCACUUGCUAGAGGCAUUCCCGAUGACAGCCCAACAGUCGCUCCGGCUUGCCUUAUCACUUCCUCCGGCAAUGCCAUCCCGUCAAAAGCAUGUUAAUGAUGCGGCCCGCGAGGUCAAUAUCCAAUCCUUACUUAUAGAGGCUGGAGACGUUGACAAAAGGGGCUAUAUUAAUCGUUGGUUACUCCAUAAGCUUCACUUAUCACCCAUGGAAGCCGAGCUUUUGUGGUCUACUUUCCACGUUCGCCUCAGAGUUCGUGAUACCAAUAGAUGGCAGCAGGAUGUCCUCCACUUGUGGUGGAAGGACCAGGCUGCCAGUCUACCAUCGGCUCAGUUCGAGAGUACGCACGAAGAUCAUAGUUCGGCAUCCAUUCAUCCAAGGACAGAUCUUCCAGCGAGACGGUUUUCUGAUUCUGGCCAGCUUGACCGUCUUUGGCUUUGGGAGAUCGAAGAGGCGUGGGACUGAAAGACAUGGUUUUCUUCUUUUCUUUUUAAUAGAUAGUGCAAUACCCACUUCAGUAUAUAUCAGACGGCCAUUGUACUCAUGGCUGCAUUUACUUUGUUACUUCACUGGUGGCUGUUGUCGUCAGGUCUUGGUUUUG